GGGGACUGCGGUUCUGGAAACACUCCCCCAAGGUGGAGCUGGAACUCCUGUUUGUUUCCCCAGCUCACAUUGACACCUAAGGCCCAGCCUGACUUCUCUUCGUCUCUGCAAAAUUACUGAAUCAUGGGAAGCCAACACAGAUCUUACUACUGGCGACCUCCAAGGAACAUUGAAGAAUUCUUAAAGUUACACAAUUUGGAUCAUUGGCCAGGGCAAAUCAUCUUUCGAGAUAAAGAUAAAUGGGCGUACAUUCUGAGGAAAAUAAAAGAAGACAGUUCAUUUAAUUCCAUUUAUACACACCUAUGGGAAAAUGUCCCUCGAAGAUAUAGUGCAAUCAUGAUCAUGGAGUCAAGAUUAGAGGAAUGUUCAAUUCUUUUGAAAAACCAUGCCUCUAAAAUUCUUGAGUGGGAAAAAGUAGUUUCUACUAAAGGUAUUCUUGGAAAAUUGGAAAAAUAUGAGGCAUUUCUAAAGAAGCACCCUAAGAAAAAGAUGAUAAUGCUUUCUGAUGAAAUGCAAACGAGGAAUAUAGAGGGUUGCAACUUUGCAGGAUUCAAAACAACUGAGCUUACUAAACUACCCAGAUACUUGGAUGCUGAACGAAUUUAUCUCUUUAUUUUAAAAGUCCAUAACUUUGAUGAAAAAGUUGAAAAACUCUGGAAGACUUAUUUUCUCUCAGAAGCCUCGAUUGCUCUUUUGCAUGAUUCCUUUUGGUGGUGGUUUCUCCAUAAAUUUAAGCCUGACAAAGAAAAUCAAGAUUUCUUGUUUGAUAGGAUUUCAGAAAGUUACGUGACACUUUUCUUAAACAUACCUCUAAGUAAAAAGGAUGCAUUCUUUCAGGUGUAUCCUGAUUGUUUGACACAAGCUAUCUAUGUAACAUUCCAGGAAGCAUUUCCUGAAUCCAGUAAUCUUUUCAAUGAUAAAUUUAAAGAAGAUCUAGGGAAUAACAUUUAUCUUUGGCUGUCAGGCAUGAAACCUCAAAAAGGUUUUUGGACCCAGUGGAAUCUGAAAGAACUGUCCACAACAACUAUUCAUGGUAGCAAGAAGGCACCUGCCAAAUCUGAAUAUGAUAGGAUUUUAAAGAGUCAGGAACGGAUAAUGAAUAGUAAGUAA